ACUCCCCUUUAUUUCCCCAAUCAUGUUCCGUGUCGCACUCACCCGCACCGUUCAGGUCCUCGCUCGCGGCGCCCGCAACAGCAGCUCCAGCUCUGGCAGCGGCAGCACUGCCGGCAUCCGCGAGGGCGGCGGCGCUUUCGGCAAGCGCGAGAAGGCCAUCGAAGAGCAGUACUUCAAGAAGAAGGACUCUGAGGAGGUCGAGUACCUCAAGACCCACAAGGAGGAGCUCAACAAGCUCAAGCAAGAGACCAAGGACAAGAAGAAGGAGUCCAAGUAAAGAAAACAAAACAAAACAAAAACUGCAGGUCGGCCUCUUCGAAUGCAUUGGAUUGUUGAUGCGAUGUCUGUUGUUCCGUGUAUCAUUUGUUUGGCUGCAAGCUCUGUAACAAGAAACAAAAAAAAAAAAAAAAAAUCAGCAAGCCCACAAAAACCCCCGUUUUCUCUUGGAAUUAUGCUUGUGCGCGAGUGAGGCGCAAAU